GUGAUGCCUCCGCCGAAGUUUUCCGCGGCGGGCUCCGCACGUGGGAGCCGCGCGUCGAGCCCCGCCGAGCGGCUCCCCGGCCGCCCCGAGCGCCGUCCCCCGCGGGGGAUGCCCCCCUGAAGCGCCGGGGAUGCGGCAGCGCGCAGCCCCCCGGGCCCGCGGAGCGCAGCGCGGAGGGGCCGCGCCGGGGGGCGGCCGCGGAGCAUGGCCGGGGCGCCCGGCCGCCCUCUCGGGGUAGCAUGGCCGUGAGCGCGGCGGCCGCCCCCGCCGCCGAGCCGCUGCCGCGCAGCAUCUUCAAGAAGUUCCUGGUGAUGCUCUGCUCCCUCCUCAUGUCCCUCUACGUCUUCUACUGCCUGGCCGACCGCUGCCAGACGCUGCCCGGACCCAUCAUCGCCGCCGGCGCCGCAUCGGAGGAGGACGAGGGCGGCGGCGGCGAGUUGCUGGGCGGCUCGGCCGAGCUGCCCCCCUGGCAGGCGGCGGCGGCGCGGCGCAAGCGGCUCCUGCAGCGGCUGAAGCAGCGGCGGCGGCGGCAGGAGGCGGCGCCGGGCGCGGAGGAGCCGGCCGGGGCCGGCGGGAGCCGCAGCGGCGGCUCGGGCGGCGGGGUUGGCACGGCGGGCACGCUGGCGCUGCUGCUGGGCGAGGGCAGCAAGCGGCUGCCGCAGGCCAUCAUCAUCGGCGUCAAGAAGGGAGGGACGCGGGCGCUGCUGGAGUUCCUGCGGGUGCACCCCGACGUGCGCGCCGUCGGCGCCGAGCCGCACUUCUUCGACCGCAACUACGAGCGGGGGCUCGGCUGGUACAGGGAGCUGAUGCCCAGGACUCUGGAGGGGCAGAUCACCAUGGAGAAGACCCCCAGCUACUUCGUCACCAAGGAGGCCCCGGCCCGCAUCUCCUCCAUGUCCAAGGGCACCAAGCUGAUCGUGGUGGUGCGGGACCCCGUGACCAGAGCCAUCUCGGACUACACCCAGACGCUCUCCAAGAAGCCUGACAUCCCCACCUUCGAGAGCCUGACCUUCAAAAACAGGACUACGGGCCUGAUCGACACCUCGUGGAGCGCCAUCCAGAUCGGCAUCUACGCCAAGCACCUGGAGAACUGGCUGCUGCACUUCCCCAUCGGGCAGAUCCUCUUUGUCAGCGGGGAGAGGCUGAUCAGCGACCCCGCGGGGGAGCUGGGCAGGGUCCAGGACUUUCUGGGCCUCAAGAGGAUCAUCACGGACAAACACUUCUACUUCAACAAAACCAAGGGCUUCCCGUGCCUGAAGAAGGCGGAGGGCAGCAGCAAACCCCACUGCCUGGGCAAGACAAAAGGCAGGACCCACCCUGACAUCGACCAGGAGGUGGUGCAGAGGCUGAGGGACUUCUACCGGCCCUUCAACAUGAAGUUCUACCAGAUGACAGGGCAGGACUUCGGCUGGGACUGAGGCUGAAAAGAAAUAAUUUAAGAAAAGGAAAAUAUAAUAUAAUAUAUAUAUUUUUUUUACGUAUCAGUAGGGGGGGGAAUAUGGAAAAAAAAAUAAUAGCUGUGCUGAAACACGGUUUGCUCUGAUUUGGUUUUUUUCUUUUUGUUUUAAACACUGCGUUGUUUCCUUUUUUCUCUCGGAGAAGAGGUGCUGUGUACACCCAAAAAAAGAGGCUGUGGGCAACAGCCUGGUCCUACUGACGUGAGCAGCUCAGUGGGCCCAAGGUUUAGCACUGCCUCUGUAAAAAAACACAGGUGCAAAGUUUUUAGCAGUGACAGGGGUGCUUGGGGUAGCUCAGAGUCUUCCUGAAAGUUCAGCCAGGUUUUGGCUUGCAAGGGCCAUUUUGGCCAGACCUCACCACUUUUGACAAUAAAACAAAGGUGGCUUAAUACCUAAUUUGGCUUUCCAAAUGUUCCCUUAGGGGAUUUUUUAUUGCAUGAAACAUUUGGUGAAUUUUGCUUCCACUUAUCCAAUUUUUUGUUUAACUUUUACCCCCCUUAAAUCAAGUCCUUUUCAUCAGCCAAGCUUAUUUUUCCUCUUAAGGAAGCCAAAACCAAUAAUCCUUUGUUUUGUUUUGAGAGAAAAUAAUUUUGGUAGCCAAAAAGUGAAAGAACACAAAUGAUUCUUUUGACUCUAUAAUGAAAAUUGCCAGGUAGUCAAAAAGCCUCAUUCACAGGAGCUGGCUCUAAACCAAUGUUCCCUAUUGCAUCCCUUUUGCUAAUCUGACAGCAAAAUGGUUUUCUAAGGGUUUUUAUUUCCAAGGGGGGCCCAUCUGAAGGGAUUUUGGGGAUGGGGAGGAGGUUCCACACUGAGAUGAUGCUGAUGGCACCCCCUGAAGGUGUUGGGGGCACCCACCAGGCAUGUGCAGGAAAUUUCUUGGUGUCCAGUGGGCAUGGUUUAAGCCAUAAUGAUGAAUGUUUUAAGUUGGGCCAGUCUUAAAUAGGCUGGAGGAGGAGUUGGUUGGGAGAAGGUGAACAAUAAUCAUGUCCAGAAAGAGGAAUGAGAAAACAAUACUUCUUUCCUAAAGGAGAGCUGAGGGGGAAGCUGGAAGGGUGUGAAGGGCUUUAAAAACUGUCAGGCAAAACCUUUACCACGUUUUUCUAGCUGGUGGAAAUGUUUCAGUGACAGAAAUCUGUUAGAGAAGCAGAGCCUUUUAUUCCAUGGGCUCAUUUAUCUGCUGGCUCUUAUCUUCUGCAUUUCUGAGCUCUGGGAGUGCCCAGUCACACCUUGGUGCAUAAACCACAUGGUACUGUUCCCUCUCCUGAGCCCUGAAGAAUACCUGAGGGGGUAAAACAAACUGUGUGGGGAUCCCCCAGGAAUGUGGUCAGGAAGAAGCCUGGGGAUGAAGUUCACUGGCUGCCUGCAUACCAGAAAAAAUACUAAUAAAAUCCCAGCAGAGCAGAGAUUUCAGAGUCCAGAGGGAAUGGGAUCAGAACUUACAAUUUCACCUGGGAGGCAUUUCCACCUUGGAAAGCUGGGAAAAGAGUUUGGUGACCCUCUCAGCCUCACUGAGUUCCUCUGCACGUGCUGAGCCACAGCUUCUCCUGGCUGCCCUGAACCACCUUCCUCCUCAGCCCUGCACCCCUCCUGUUCCCAAAGAUGCUGAGUCCUGGAACCUUCCCGUGCCCUCGAGACACAAACCCACAGGGUUCUGCAUGCCAGGCCCCUUUCCCAAGGGAAUGAAAAUAGCUUCAUUCAGCUGGUGAGGCCCCAGGAGCUUCUCCCACAGGUUCCCAUGCCCCAGCUGGUAGAGAAGGGGUGAUGGGCUGAUGGCACCAAAGCCAGGCUGUGCUCAGCCCUCUGCCCUGGUGUGGCAGCUCAGUGCCAUGUUCACUCCAUCCACUGGUGCUUUCACCUCUGCCCCCAUUUUUGUCCCAUUUUUGGCCUUUUUUGGCAAUGUGCCAUGCCACAUCUACAUAAACACCUUACAGCAGAAAGGAGGAUGAGGCACCACACUGACCCCCAACAUCCCUUCUCUUGCCUGCCUCCCUUCAGCCCCUCAAAAUUCAUGCAAGACAUGCCCUGCACAGAUCAGAGGUGGUCACAGAGCUUUGGCUCCAUGGGACCAUGGUCCCUCGAGCAUCAGAAGCUGGGAGAGCCUUGGGCUCUGGGUCAUAUUGUCACAUUACCCCUCCCCAGUGUGUCACAGGAGGUGACAGGAGCAAUCUGCCCAUGCUGGUCAGAAUGGGCAUGAGGUGUAGCCAAAAGGGGGGAUGGUGGGUAAUUAUUGGGACAAAUAUUCUGAGAGCAAGGUUUUGGGGCAGGAAUGGGGGGUGGGCAGCCUCCCGUGCUGUGCUCUUUCAUUCAAAUGGAAAAACCAAAGUGGUAGCGAGGAUGAGGCACCACAGACAUAACCAAAUGGUGCCAGCAUCAGCAAGGCACAAAAUCUGAGGUGUUCCCAGCUGAAAAGAAGAUUUUAGCAUGCCAUUUCUUUGGUAUUUCAAGGAGAAUUAAGGGUGGCAUAAUACAGACAUGCCUUUGACAAAUGAUUGUGGUUUAAGCCCAGCUGGGAACUCAGCCCCACUCACUCCACAGGCGAGACAGGGGAGAACUGGAAAAGUAAAUCUAAGGAAACCUGUGGGUUGAGAUAAAGACAAUUUAAUAGGUAAAGCAAGAGCUACACAUACAAGCAAAGCAAACCAAGAAGUUAAUUCCAGACUUCCCAUGGGUGCUCAGAUGCUCAUGCCCAGGACAGCAGAGCUCCCUCACAUUUGGAAUGGUGACUUGGGAAGACAAACACCAUCACUCCAGAAAUUUCCUGCUUUGUUCUUUUCCCACUUUUAUAUGCUGAGCAUGAUUCCAUAUGGUCUGGACUAUCCCUUGCAGCCAGCAGGGUCAGCUGUCCUGGCUGUGCCCCCUCCCAGCAGGGUCAGCUGUCCUGGCUGAGUCCCCUCCCAGCUCCUUGUGCACCCCCAGCCUCCUCACUGGAGGAGCAGGAAAAGCCUUGGUGCUGUGUAAGAACUGCUCAGCCCCACUGAAAACAUCCCUGGGUUAUCAGUACUGCUCCCAGCACAAAUCCAAACCACAGUCCUAUGAGCAAAAUGAGCCCUACCCCAGCCAAAACCAGCAGACAAAUAUAAACAUCGCUUACGAGUGUGAUGUUUUAAAAAAAUCAAUAAGUUAUAUUGCUAUUUUCUCCCACACAGUCACAUUUGCACUACCAUAAAGCAGCUUUAUAGGGCCACAGGCUGGUCUCCCCAUAUUGCACAAGCUGCAGCAAUACCAAGCAUUUUUUACAGCUGAAUAUCUGCACCUGCCACCAAAUCCCUGCCAUUAAAUCAGCAGAGCCUUGAUAUGUACACAAGCCCAUCAAAUGUGCCUUUAAAAACUCUUCCCAGCACAUCAAGCUCAGCCACUUAGGAAUAGUUUCCCCUAAAUGCUCCAGUGUUUUACUCCCCCUCAUUUCCAGGGGUUUGAAUACCUUGUUGCACACCUUGUAAAGCUAUUUAGGGAUCUGGGGCUGUGAUUGAUUGGUUUUGAUCUGGGCCAUAAGUAGUUUUGAAAAUCCCUCCGCAUAUGAACAAUGGCUUUUAAAAAGAGGUCAUGCAACCAAAUUGCUUUGAACUCUAAUAGCAUUUAAGCCUCUAAACUCUUUAGGCUUAUUUGAAAAUCCAGUCAUGAAGUUUAGAUUAUUUUAACCUAAGAAGAAUUGAAGGUAAACUACUGAAAACCACAUCCCUCUUGGGCCUGCAGUGCUGAGCACAUGUAUUGGAGGGGAAAUCAAAUCAAAAGUAGCUAUAAAUAAAAAGUGUUUUUCUUUAAAAAAAAUAAAGGCAGAAAAAUCAAAACAUGAGAAAACAUUUCUCAUUAACUAUGAGAAAAUAAUUAGGUUAUUUAAAAUGCUUCUGGUCUCAAUAAUAAAAAAAUAAAAAACCAGCCAACCCACACCAACCUUUCUAUCAGCAUCAAGUGCCAGAUUGAUCAUAAGAAGUUUUAUACAGUGAAGGUGGUGAGGCCUCAGGAGGUGGAUUCCCCAUCCCUGGAAGUGUCUGAGGCCAGACUGGACUUGCUGGGAUGGUGGAAGGUGUCCCUGGAAUGAGAUUGGCUUUGUGGUCCCUUCCAAUCCAAACCAUGCCAUGGCUCCAUGAUCUCUGAGGAGACAGACACAGCCACAAAUGGCAGCACAGCUCUCCUGCACUGAGACCACCAGGAGUGUGGGCUUGGGCGUGCUGAGCACCAAGAUUGCCCCAAAAUCUUCAAAAAUAAUAUUUUUCCCCCACUGCUGUUGAAAUGCUUUGGCACAGGCUCGUAGAGCUCAGUUCAUUGAAGGUGAGAGCUCCCUUUAACCCAUCAGCAACAGCUUUCAGCCAAACCUGGAGGGUGGGGAAGCUUUUUGCUCUGUUUCAACUGAAAAAUCCAGAGAAGUGGGGUUUUCUUUACCAGUGCAGUUUGGCAGGGCAAUACCAGGUCUGUCUGCUGCUGUGAAAUCCAUCCCUGUCAUUCCUGGAAGGACAAGGAUGGGGCUGCUGUGCCCGUGGCAUCCUUGGUGCUGAUCUUGUGCCACAGGGAAUUUUCUCAGCUGCUGUGGAAAUGCUGCCACUCAAUGAUCUGUGCCGUUAAAAGGAGUUUAUACAUCAUGGAGAUCAGUGGGUGAGGCUCCUCUGCCUGAGGUCAGGGUGGCCUUUGGGUGCAGCACUAAGGAAUCAAAUUUCCUGCAAUAAUUUGGCCUUUCCUACCCUUCACAGGGUGAUUCUGGCUUGCACUGAUUCUCAGUUCUCCCACAUACACACUUGACAUCAAUUCUCCAGAUGAAGGGGAACUAUUGCCCAUUUUCCUAACCAUUAAAACAUUCCUUGGUUGUAUACAGCAGUUUCUGGGUUUUGUCUCCUCUCUCCCCUUCACUUGGUGAUACUGUCAUCCUUCUCCCUUUGGUGCUAUUUCAAUAUGAAAAAAAUUAUUUUAUUUAAUUUAAGAAUGAAAAAGCACACAUUUAAUAAAGUCUACGGGUACUGA